UAUAAUACUACAACGACGACAGACUACUUUCUUCGUUAUCUAAAAUUAGACUAAACCAAAAAGUUUGUUAAGACUAAGACAGUAUUAUUAAUUAAUUAAGUUCAAUUAGGCCAGUCCCAGGCCAAAACUUUUUAUUAACUAAUUGAUUGAAAACAUUUGGUUCACCGUCCUUUAAUCCAAAGUUUUCUUUUUCAAUUUGAAAAUUUUAAAGAAGUUAUAGUAACUAAUUUUUUUCAUACAUUUAUAUUUAUUUUUAAAUUAAAUUUCAUCAUUUUUGUAAAAUUAUCUCAUUGAAUUUUUAUUUCUCGAAGAUUAUUGUUUUAAUCAGUACUUAGUCAACCCACAUUGCGUUUUCCGGUUUCUGACUUGCAUUACUCAACACAAUAACGUAUUUUACUUGUUACAGCCUUUUAGAAUUAGCCCUAUAGAAUUUCUUUUAAAAAUAAAGAUAUAACUGAAAUGUCAGACCCCGUAAAACCAGAUCUUGGUCUUCUUGAAGAAGACGACGAAUUUGAAGAGUUUCCAGCAGAAGGUUAGUGAGAUAAAGUCAGUAUAAAAAUUAUUUGAAACGAGUCAACAACAAAAAACGUCUUUUUUCUUUAUUUACACCUGAACGCGACACAAAAAGAGCGAUUAUUUUUUUAACGAGCUGAGAAUUAAAAAAGACUGCCAUCCAUAUUAAUAUCGGAAACUUCCUGAGGGGGGGUGGGAUAUUUACUUUGAGUUAGACUUAGUUAGGCUUUAACUUAAUUUUAAUUAGUUAUCCUGAAAUUCUGACAGAUUAUGGGUUAAUUUAGACAAUCCACGCCAUGAAUGACAUAUGUCUGUGUAACUGUGUGUAGGCGUUGGAUUCUCUCCACUUUUGUUUAUUCUUGUGUUGUUACUAGAGUUUUAAACUGUAGCCGCACACGUUUUAAUUUAGUAGCAUGUACCAGCUGAAAUUACGCCAGGAAAGGGGGCAGCCGCAGUUGGUUGACACUUCUUGUCACAUGACCUAGAGAAAUACAAUAAAGUAGCUUAACUUGCCAUGAAAUUUAUGUACCAGCUUAAAUUAUUUCAUUAAAUUUUAAUGUUUUGUUUCUAUUUUUGUUUCUGUAAAUAGCUAAACUAGCACAUUCUCUCAUUUUCUGACCCCCACUUUUAGCAGGCAUGUGUUUUUUUAACACAAUCGCCACCUUGGUUGACAUGAUCAUAGGUCAUGGCAACCAAAAUAGCGACAAUGAAAAGUCAUGGUGCGGAUUGUCAAAAUUUACCAACAAUAUGUAGCCUAUAAUUUAUAUUUUUAUAUUACUAUAAAAUAGAUUGUAGCUAUAAUAAGCUAACUGUCAUCUAAAUGUAAAAAUCGGCCAAGGUGUUGUAAGACAUGGAGAGACUUCUAGGUCAGUUGAAAAAAUAUAUUUUUUAUUAUAGAACAACACUGUAAAUGUAAAAAUACCAUAUUCUAAGGUUGGAGCAGAUUAAUUGAAAGUGAUUUUAUUGCAAUGGGGAAAAAUUAUUUCGGCUAGCAAACGUUUUGGAUUAAGAACAGAGUCACUGAACAGAUUAAGUUUGUUAACCUAGUUUCCACUGUAUUGGCUUAACCAAAUAUUGUUUUCGCUACAUGAAACAAGACAGCUGAAGUAAAAACAGUAGGAAACAUGUGAGAUAAUUUUUAACUCUGUUUAUGUUGAAUUUGUUUACUUGCCUUGUCUUAAAGAUAACAUGAAAGAGUUAGUUGUAGUUAAGAUGACAAUUCUCAUUUGUUUGUGCCUAAGCAUAGGGGAGGUCUAGCAACUUGAGUUAUAAACAUAGACUAUAAUAAACACAUUUUUCUAUAUUUUAUCAAGAAUCAUGCUAGUCCAGUUUUAACAGUCAAUAAACAAAAUGAUUAUAGUGGGGGAGGAGGGGGGACUGCAGUAUGAAAUAUGUGAAACAAGGUCUGGGGAAAACCCUGAAUUAUUGGAAAAUUAGUGUGUUAUUAGGUGGUCAGUCAUGUCAUUGUGUAAAAAAAGAAAACAAGCAAAGAAAUUGAAUAGGAAAUGUAUAAUGGCUAGCUUAGAAUCUAGGACAGAUCCAAUGUUGUAAAAAAUGUAAUAUUUAAGUCAAUGAAGAUGUAGUGAUCACAUUCAUUUUAUCAUCAUCGUUUUUAUAUCUCUUCAUUAAAUUUUUUUUUUAUCAUUCGUGUACAAAUCUCAGAAGUAUUUUUUUUCUAUUUAUACCAGUAUAUUUGAUGUCAGUCAUGUCAUUGUGUAAAGAAAGAAAACAGGCAAAGAAAUUGAAUAGGAAAUGUAUAAUGGCUUGCUUAGAGUCUAGGGCAAACCCAAUGUUGUAAAAAAUGUAAUUAAAAUCACAGAAAAUAAGACAUUUUUUAAUUAAAACUUUGUAAUAUUUCCGUAGGCCGAUAAGCUGAUUAAUCAGUUAGAAAAUACUGAUUAAUUUGAAAAAUUGCCAAUUACAAAUUAUCUGCCGGUUAAUCUGUGCAACCCUAGUUCUGGAUGAAGCCACUAUCAAACAAUUGAAUUGUUGAUAAAUAGUUUACUGAAUUUUGGUAAAUAGUUUACUGCAUCAAAAAUUCAGGGAUGUUUUUUACAUUUUACUUUAAAUAAAUUAUAAAACUAAUCCAAUUUAAGUUUUUCGUAAUUGAAUUAUUUGAUUUCUAAAAUAUCAUUAAACAAUGUCCCAAAACACCACUGAAGUGACCCAAGGAGGGAUUAAUUGAAGACCUUAGUGCUAAAAGUACUUAAGUCACAAAAUAACCAUUUUGAGAUAAUCAAGUUCAAAUAUUCAAAACGACCUUUAAAUCAGGCAAGACAUUCCAUUAUAUUUCUGAUUACUGCUACAUAUUUGUAGUGUUGUCAUGAAUACACUUGCACAUUUUUAAGCUUUAAACCCUCAUUUUUUUAAAGAUAUAGAUAAUUUAGUUUUUUGACAUAAGUACUUUUUGUCCUAUUCCGUGACUUAGGUACUUCUUGCACUGAAACCAAACACUGGAUUAAGCACUUUUUCAACAAAAAAAAUUAUUUCUAUUUUGAAAACUUAUAAUUUAAAAUUUAUUGCGAAUGUCACAAAAUUUGAUUAUUUAAUAAUUUCUUCCAGAUUGGACAGGGGAGGAUGAAGCACCUGAAGACAUUAAUGUCUGGGAGGAUAACUGGGAUGAUGACAACAUAGAUGAUGACUUUUCAAAACAACUCAGGCUAGUAUCCUAAAGAAAAGUUCAUGAAUUAUCUCCCUCUAUCUGUUCACACAUUCUGAUUUGUUUACAUUACAAUCUUUCCUAAUGGAUAAAUCACAACUUUUAAAUGAAAAUAGCUUGUUUUAUAGUCCUAUUUUCUUCAAAUGUUCAGUUUUUUUUACACCUGUCAAUAAUAAUAUUUUUUAAAAAUAGAGGCAGAUGAUGAAUGUGGUAGCACUUUUAUACGUAACUGUAUUUAUAGAUAAGUCAUCUGUUAAUAAUGCUAGCUGUAUUAAAAAAUUCCUGUAUUUGUAUUAACAACGUGACAUUAAUAUCGUCUGACUUGGCAAAGUUACUUUGGUUACUGUCUUAUACACCUCACUUUAAGUCACGGGGGGGGGGGGUGUCAUGUGCAUGUGGAGUGAUAGAAUUUUUUUUCACACUCUUUGCUAUGUGGAUAUAAAGUGUUUAAGUUAAAGGAAUAAGUAUUAAACUUGACAAGUUGGAAUUUUCUUAGCAUUAGAGGUCUUAAAAUAUCCCAAGAUAAAUUAAAAAAUUCUUGUAUUUGUAUUAACAACGUGAAAUUAAUAUCGUCUGACUUGGCAAAGUUACUUUGGUUACUGUCUUAUACACCUCGCUUUAAGUCCGGGGGGGGGGGGGUGUCAUGUGCAUGUGGAGUGAUAGAAUUUUUUUUCACACUCUUUGCUAUGUGGAUAUAAAGUGUUUAAGUUAAAGGAAUAAGUAUUAAACUUGACAAGUUGGAAUAUUCUUAGCAUUAGAGGUCUUAAAAUAUCCCAAGAUAAAUUCCACAUAUUUGACAAACACAUUCCAUUUUAUUGUGUUAAUUCUACUUAUAGUAAUAUUUCUUAUAAUGUUUACUCAACAGGGCAGAGUUGGAAAAACAAGGAAAGAACAUUGAUGGAACUGAGCCAAUGAAGACAUAGUGAUCACAUUCAUUUUUAUCAUCAUCAUUGUUUUUAUAUCUCUUCAUUAAAUUUUUUUUUUAUCAUUUGUGUACAAAUCUCAGAAUUAUUUUUUUUUCUAUUUACAUCAGUAUAUUUGAUGUCAGUGAGAGAGGCAAUGCUAUAAGUUAUAUCAUAUUUUUUAAAAACUAUGUCAAUCUUACCUGGUAUUAGUUAAUACUAUUAGACCAUUUUUUUCUAGUGUUUGUGUUACUGUUGCAAAAUGUGAUUUUAAGACUAAUCUUUCCCCUUUAAUUGAAAAAAGACAUGUGCUUAAGAUUUUGAACUGUGAUUAUAAGCACUGGAUCAACUGCACUAAAAUUUAUUUUCAUCUUAUUUUAAUGAAGCAGCCAUCUUAAUUUGUCAAAGGAUGCUCUUAAAAAUUAUUGUUUUUGAGCUAAGUAAAUUCCAAUAAAUUUCACUGAUGUA